AUCUAUGUGUCUGAGCCCAUAUAGACCCCAUAUCUAUGGGUCUGAGCCCAUAUAGACCCAUAUCUAUGGGUCUGACCCCCACGUGUGGGUCGCAGAUGGCGGAGCCUGGGGGGGGCCUGGCGCUGCUCAAGGCGCGCGCGCUUGACGUCACCUUCGAGGUGGGCGACGAUUAUGACGUCAUCGAGACCAUCGGCACCGGAGCCUAUGGGGUGGUCAGCUCCGCGCGGCGCCGGGACACCGGCCAGCCCGUGGCCAUCAAGAAGAUCCCCAACGCCUUCGAUGUGGUCACCAGCGCCAAGAGGACCCUGAGGGAGCUCAAGAUCCUCAAGCACUUCAAGCACGACAACAUCAUUGGGAUCAAGGACAUCCUGAGGCCGCGAGGGCCUGAGCGAGACUUCCGCUCUGUCUACGUGGUGCUGGACCUGAUGGAGUCCGACCUGCACCAGAUCAUCCACUCGAGCCAACCGCUGACGCUGGAGCACGUCCGCUACUUCCUGUACCAGCUCCUGCGCGGCCUCAAGUACAUCCACUCCGCCAACGUCCUGCACCGCGACCUCAAACCCAGCAACCUAUUGGUCAACGAGAACUGCGAGCUCAAGAUCGGCGACUUCGGCAUGGCCAGAGGCUUAGGCGCCGACCCGCGCCAGGCCAAGCCCUUCCUGACGGAGUACGUGGCCACGCGCUGGUACCGCGCGCCGGAGCUGCUGCUGGCGCUGCACCGCUACAGCCGCGCCAUCGACGUGUGGUCCGCGGGUUGUAUCUUCGCCGAGAUGCUGGCGCGCCGGCAGCUGUUCCCGGGGCGCAACUACAUCCACCAGCUCCAACUGAUCAUGGCGGUGUUGGGCACGCCGCCACCGGCGCUAACCGCGGCCAUCGGCGCCGAGCGGGUGAGGGCUUAUGUCCAGAGCCUCCCCCCGCGGCCCGCGGUGCCGUGGGAGGAGCUGUUUGGCGACGCCGACGCCGAAGCCUUGGCGCUGUUGGGGGGGAUGCUGCGGUUCGACCCGCGGGAGAGGGUGAGUGUGGUGGAGGCUUUGGCGCAUCCGUUCCUGGCCAAGUACCAUGACCCUGAUGAUGAACCCGAGUGUGUGCCGGCGUUCGACUUCGCCUUCGAGCGCCAAGCGCUCACCAAGGAGGAGAUCAAAGCCGCCAUCGUGGCGGAGAUUGAGGACUUCCAUGCGCGCCGCGAUGGCAUCCGCAGGCACAUCUGCCUAGCGCCAAGCAGUGGUGGCAAUGGGGGGGUCAAUGGGGCUGGCAAUGGGGCUGGCAAUGGGGGUGGUAAUAGUGGUAAUAGGGGUGGUAAUGGGGGUGGUAAUAGGGGUGUCAAUGGGGGUGUCAAUGGGGGUGGUAAUGGGGCUGGCAAUGGGGGUGGUAAUAGUGGUAAUAGGGGUGGUAAUGGGGGUGGUAAUAGGGGUGUCAAUGGGGGUGUCAAUGGGGGUGGCAAUGGGGGUGGUAAUGGGGGUGGUAAUGGGGGUGGUAAUGGGGGGUCUAUGGUUGGCGCCAAUGGGGCGCCGGAUGGCACCGCGUGGCCCUGUGCCGAUGUGGACAUGGUGAGCCCCGGGCCGGAGGGGCCCAUAGAGGUGAAGGCGGAAGCCGGCGGCCCCAUAGCGCCCAAGAGGGAUGGGGCCAUCUCGGAUGACACCAAAGCUGCGCUCAAGGCUGCGCUGCUGAAGUCGGCUAUGAGGAAUAAGAGUAAAGACCCCCCCUGCGCCCCCUCGGACCCCCCCGAGUGCCGUCGCCCGGUGACGGCGGCCGAGCGCCAGCGGGAGCGGGAGGAGAAGCGCCGGCGGCGCCAGGAACGUGCCAAGGAGCGCGAGAAGAAGCAGCGGGAGCGCGAGCGCCGCGAGCCCCAAGGCCGCGGGGAUGGGCUCCAGGGCCUGGUGCUGACCGACGACGACCGCCACCUCCUGGAGCGCUGGACCCGGAUGGCGACGGGGCCCUCCCCCGCCCCCCCCCCCCCAGCCCCACAGCAGCCCCCUGAGCUCUGCCCCACAACUUGUGGGGCGGCCACAGAGGGUUGGGGUGAGGUGUGGGGUGAAGGCAGCGGGGGGGCUGUGGGGCACGAUGCGGAUGUGGCCACUGUGACGCAGCAGCUGUCCAAGUCGCAGGUUGAGGACCUCCUGCCCCCCGUCUUCUCCGUGACCCCCAAGGGCAGUGGGGCUGGUUAUGGGGUGGGCUUCGACCUGGAGGAGUUCCUCAGCCAAUCCCUGGACAUGGUUGGAGACCCCAAAGAGAGCCAAGGGGAUUCGGCGCCGCUCUCGGCCUCGCUGCUCGCUGAUUGGCUGGAGGUUCACCGCCUAAGCCCCGCCUCCCUCGAGAGCCUCCAGCGCGACCUCCAGCUCGGCUCUCCCAUGAUCCUCAGCGACGACCUCCCGGACCCAUAACCGGGGGGGGGCGGGGACACCCCAUUGGCUCCGCCCCCUUCGGCCUCGCUUUGACCCCGACCAAUUACAUUUGUAACGACACCGA